AUGCACAACAUUUUUGUGCUGAUUGCCUCGGUUCCGGUGGUUGCUGUACGUAACCAAGGCAAUGUGCUUGCCACGUCCCUGCGCAGUCUGCGCUUCCUGCAGAUUCUGCGCAUGCUCCGCAUGGACCGCCGUGGAGGCACCUGGAAACUACUGGGCUCCGCCAUCUAUGCACACAGUAAGGAGCUGAUCACCGCUUGGUACAUUGGCUUCCUGUCCCUCAUUCUGGCCUCCUUCCUGGUGUACCUGGUGGAGAAGGAUGAUGUCACCAUGGAGGUGUCGGAUACUGAUAGCCCCACCAUUAAGCCCGAACCCCAGGACUUUGACACGUAUGCCGACGCUCUGUGGUGGGGCCUGAUCACAUUGACCACCAUUGGUUAUGGGGACAAAACCCCAAAGACGUGGGCUGGGAGACUGUUAGCUGGCACUUUUGCUCUCAUUGGAGUGUCCUUCUUCGCUUUACCUGCAGGCAUCUUGGGCUCAGGCUUAGCUUUGAAGGUCCAGGAGCAGCACAGACAGAAGCACUUUGAGAAGCGUAGGCAUCCAGCUGCUGGGCUUAUUCAGUCUGCCUGGCGAUACUAUGCCACCAAUCCAAUCAGAGAGGACCUCAUUUCUACAUGGAGAUUCUAUGAAACGGUCAUCUCAUUACCCUGUUUCAGGCAAGAUAAUUUGGAGGGCAUAGCAAGUCAAAAGCUGAGUUUGCUGGAGCGUUGUCGCAUGCCUAAUUCGCGACAGUCGACAGUAGUGAGGGGCAGGGUGCUGAUGCCGGGGAACCCGGACAUUGAAGAGAGUCCUUCCAAGGAAACCAAACCCGGCGGCUUCAGUAACCGGGAGCGGUUUCGCACAGCCUUCCGGAUGAAGGCCUACACCAUGCGUCAGAGCUCUGAUGAUGCUGGAGCCCUGCAGGACCCUGAGGAGAGGGGCUUUCCUGCAGACAUCCUCCUGGAGGAGAUGAUCCCCACGCUAAAGCUGGUCAUCAGGGCAGUCAGGAUCAUGAAGUUCCUCUUGAACAAGAAGAAGUUUAAGGAGACAUUGAGACCUUAUGAUGUCAAGGAUGUGAUCGAGCAGUACUCUGCCGGCCACCUAGACAUGCUCUGUAGAAUCAAAUACCUCCAGACAAGAAUAGACAUGAUCCUCGCCCCUGGUGCCCCUCUGACCCCGAAACAUAAGAAGAGUCAAAACAAACAGAACCCAUUUGCCUUUCCAACUCAACAGUCACCAAGGCAUGAGUCCUAUCUAGCCAAAGCAUCCAUUCCAGAUGCUGACCAAGACCAAAGCAUGAUGGGUAGAUUUGUCAGAGUGGAGAGACAGGUGGAGGACAUGGAGAAGAAGCUGGACUUUCUGGUGGACAUGCACAUCCAGCACACUGAGCACCUUCAGGUGGACUCGGCCGGUGCCGCCCACAUGACCACGGAGCCCCUUGACCAUGUGACAGGCAACACAGGCUCUGACAGCAAGGAGGGCUGUGGCUACACUGAGAUCCGCCAGGUCUUCUUCAACUACACCGAGACAUGCCCCCAAAUGUCCUACCAGGUGCCUGUGAGCAAAGUGACGCCUUACUACAGCUGCCGCAGGGAGCCCAGUGCUGCAGCUGGAGGGGCGGAAGGAGUUGGGGGACUGGGGCUGCCUGGGGGUGGCUACAUCCCCCCUGACCAUCAAGUCCCACCUGGCCACCACCUAGCCCCGAUCCCUACCUUCACAGAGCGGCCCAACGUACUCCCCAUCAGCUCACUCCUGGACACCCAGGUGGCUGGACGGGAUGGAGGGCAUGGGCCACAAAGUCCCUACACGGAGCACCUCACGCUGGGGCUGGGCAGGACCAUGGGGCAGAGAGCGGUGACGGACACUUCGCCGCUAUCCAUGCUUUCUGUGAACCACGAGGAGCUGGAGCGCUCACCCAGCGGGUUCAGUAUAUCGGGGGAGCGCGAGGAUAGGGAGGACCCCACGCUGGGGACAGCAGGGGGGUCGGGAAGGUUGCGGGACAGCCGUUACCUGGCAGAGGGGGAGACAGACACCGACACGGAACCCUUCACGCCCAGCGGGGGUGGGGGGCAACUCCCCAUGUCAUCCACAGGAGAGGGCUUCCCUGAUUCUGUAUGGAACACACCGCCCUGA